GUUAAAUCACUACUCAGGGCAAACACAACACCAUUCGCUUAUACCACAUAGGAUCACCUAAUCCUUAGACACCAGUAAUGUUAAAAUGCCCAAGCUUCUGUUUUCCAAGAUUUGGUUUAGUGAGCUUAAGGAUUUAUUGCCAAAUGUACAGCGGCCAAGAAGGAUUGAUAUUGUUUUGAGUCAAAGGAGGAAAAAGAGCAACAUAUGGCGCCUCUGUCGCAGUGAUGACACAUUUCCGUCAAAUCACAGCUGGAAGACUGACCAUAUGCUUGACCUCUCUCUGGAAAAAAUACUACGAGACAAAAAAUAUAGAGCACUGUUCCGCUCUUUCCUGAAGUCUGAGUUCAGUGAGGAAAACAUUGAUUUCUGGAUCGCAUGUGAAGACUUUAGGUCAACUUCAGACGACCUGAAAUGGAAAGCUGAAAAGAUUUACGGGGAAUUCAUCGGACCUACAGCGUGCAGAGAGAUCAAUGUAGACCAUAGUAUCAGAGAGAAGAUCCAGAAAUCAUUGAAGAAACCAAGUCGAAGCUGCUUUGAUGAAGCCCAGAAACAUGUAUUCCUGCUGAUGCUAAGAGACUCUUGUCCCAGAUUCCUUCAGUCACAUGCUUACCUGAGUCUGAACCGCAAAUCUAGGACUCAGUGGUAUAUUUAGGAAAAUAGUGUGCUUUUCUCAUUUUGGAGAAAAGAUGUACUACGCCUUGUUGAUCUAUACCAAAACAAAACGGAUGAAUAUGUGCAACCUAUUUUUUAUGUUAUAAAGAUUGCAAAGCUUUUGAAAAGAACUGUUGGAAGUGAGAGAAGCUAUGUCAUGGCUACAUGAGUCAAAGGAAGAUAGCACUGUACAUAUCCAUGCUCGCAGACUCGUUCAGUUGCUGGAAAUGCUGCAUGUGUUGCAGACAAGUCUGAGUACGUAGGGGGGGAUUAUGGAGAACAAUAAAAUGUCCACCGAUAUAUAAACAGUAGAACAAUAAACCCUUAUCUCUUAAAUAGGGAUUGAUUUA